AUGAGAACCAUAUUUGUAGUAAGUCUAUCGUUGGUUCCUAUUAUUUUAAUAGCCCUAAGGCUGCAACAUGAGGAUAGCAGAGUAACGACGUUCAAAGCACAGGCAGAUCGAAUUCAAAGGGCCGGUUAUUCUUACGAAUCGUAUGAUUUUUAUACCGAAGAUGGUUACGGCCUAACAAUUUUUCGGAUAAGGAAUUCUACAACAGCAACUUCCACCUUAUCGCCAAUGGCUCCAGUGGUUCUUUUAAUGCAUGGCUUGGGAAGUUCUUCAGAUGUUUGGGUCAUCGAGGGCUUAUCAAACCCCUUGGCCUAUGAUUUGGUUAAUCAAGGCUAUGAUGUUUGGUUGGGCAAUAGCCGUGGCAAUACCUAUUGUAAACGCCAUUCAAACAUGUCCACUAGUGACAGACAAUUUUGGAGUUUUUCUUUUCACGAAAUCGGUACCAUGGAUUUGCCUAAAAUCAUAGAUUUUAUCCUGGGAGAAACCCAACAUCCUUCCCUCCACUAUGUGGGUCACUCGUUGGGCACUACCUUUGGCUUUGUUUUGCUUUCGGUGCGCCCGGAGUAUAAUUCAAAAUUCAAAACAAUGAACAUGCUUAGUCCUUGUGUAUACAUGAUCCAUGGCAGUUCACCAGCCAGGCAUCUGGCGGGACUCUUGGGUGUCCAUAGUUCACUGAAUACGUACAUGGGUGACUCUGCCUUAUUCGGCCCGUUGAUUAUACGCCAUUUGUUGGGUUUCGAGAUGUGCCGCAGCAAAUAUGCUAAUGCAAAAGUUUGCUCCUUCAUUUUAUUUCGCUUAUCUGGCGGAUAUUCGGCGUAUCUGAAUGAGUCUCUUUUACCAGAUAUUUUCAAUAGUCAUCCUGCGACCGCUUCAACGCAUCAAUUAUUGCAUCUCAUGCAAUUACAUCACAACAAGAAAUUUCUACAAUACGAUUAUGGUCCUGAAGGCAAUCAAAGACGCUACAAUCAAUCAACGCCACCAGAGUACAAUUUGUCCAAUAUAAGUCCCAGAUUCCCCAUACGUUUGUAUUACAGCGACUAUGAUGAGUAUGUAUCGGAAAAAGAUAUUGCAAUGUUGUCACUGUCACUGGCCAAUAAGACCACAACACAUUUUAUAGACCUAAAAUAUUUUGCCCACAUUGACUUUGUUUGGGCAACUAAAGUAAAAGAAGUUAUUAAUCGGCCAGUGUUGGAAAUUAUAAACGAAGCGGAAAAGGUGUUACAGAAAGAAAAUCAAACUACUUUUAAAUAG